AAUGAAUAAGGAUGGAUUUGAUAAAUUUGAUGAAGGUACAAGAAUAAAGAUAAUAUUUUAGAUAUUUCAACUAGUAGACCAUUGGAACAUUUUCACUAAUAGAAUGAAGUGCCUCAAUCUAAGAAUUACAAUUUUCUUGUCGUUUAAAAAAUGAAUGUAGAAGGACCAAAUAUUAUACAAAAGUGCAUAGUCAAGCCACUUCAACAAGUCGGCUAGACAGCAGUCGAAGUUUCAUUUUAUAAAAAUAAUCUAGAACACAAAGAAUGCCGUCUUGUAAAUCCCAUCAUUUUUUAAAUGGGGAGCUAUGGAAUUGUUCAAUAAAUUGCACUCUACAUUUCAUAAAUCUCCUGAGGAAACACAACCUCAAAUUGAGUAGUAAUAGCAAUAAUAGCAAAACAUACCUGAAGACUCCAGCAUAGAUGAUAUUCCAGUUGUGUUUGUUGUGCCAAAAGAGAUUAUGGAAGGACCAGUUAACGAAAGAUUAUUGUGGAUUGAGAAACAUAGAAACGACUGCGAAGUUUUCAUUCCUCUAGAAAAACCAUUAAAGUACCCACAUUAUAAUAAAUAAGAUUGAAUAAUUUUAAUGGUAUUGGCAGCUCAUCAUCCUCUUCAAAUGGACCUGAUGAUUUUGAAUGUGAAGUCAGAAGAAUUUCAUAAGAAUUUAAAGGGUAAGACACUGAAUCAGAAUUAUUCCCAUCUACAUAAUUGAUGAAAACAAAGCUAAUGUAAUCAAAAAAAAGAUUUAUGAUGUCUGAAGAGGAUUAUUAACAAAUAAAUUAAUAGAAUAACGAAAAUAAAAAUCUCAACGAACCUUAAAAUAUAAUUCUUUAUCCAUUUUUAGGUGAACUCAUCCCCAAAGAGACUAUUUUAGAAUAAAUUAAAAAAUACUAAUUAGAAUAAUCAUCUUUUACAGUAAUUUAACCUAAUGUGGAAUAAAUAUAAACCUAAUAAAUUCCAUAAUAAAAUCAAAAUCAAUUUCUUCCACUUUAAUUGAAUGGAGAAUCAUUUGAAAAUAAUUAAUAAUAGUAAUAACAAUAGCAAUAAUAAUAACAAUAACAAUAACAAUAAUAAUAACAAUAUUAAUAAUAACAAGUAGUUUACGAAUAAUAAUUAGAAGAACUUUUAGAAGUUUGA